AUGAAUAACAUUGCAAUUACUCGUCAUCAACAGUACAAGGUAGAAAAGUCAUGCACGCAACGGUAUUACAUCAGAUGUGUUGACCCAACCUGCAUUUGGCGUUUCCACAGUUCAAGGUUCAGAGGAUCAGAACUUUUCAAAGUAGUUAACUUUGAAAAGAGACAUAGUUGUUCAAUAAAUUUCAUCACCUCUGACAUGAGGAAUGCAACUUCAAAAGUCAUAGCGGAAUACAUUACAGACCUAGUACGCCAUACACUACAAGAGAUAACACCCAAAUUUGUCAUUGAAGAAAUGAGAAGCAGAUAUGGCUUGCACAUUGGUUACCACAAAGCAUGGCGUUCCCUCCAACACGCUUAUAAUGUCAUAAGAGGAAGCCCAAAAAAUAACUACACACUUCUACCGCAAUAUCUUCACAUGAUGAAAUUAAGAAAUCCUGGAACAGUUGCUAACAUCAAAUGGACCGCUGACAAUAAGUUUAAGUAUGCUUUUUUCGCUUAUGGAGCAUCAAUUGAGGGUUGGAAACAUUGCGGACCAAGUAAUGAUGGUGGAUGCAACCUUCUUGAAAUCAAAAUACCGCGGUGGUUCUUCAGACACGUGAAAAAGGUGUUUGGCACGCGCAAAGACCUAUCAAUUCUUUCCGAUCGCCACGCAUCAAUUGCAACUGCAAUCAAAGAACUGUAUCCAGAUACCCAGCAUGGAAUAUGCAUCUACCACAUGGAGAAGAACUUGCAGAAAUAUUUCCCAUCCGAAGCGAUCCUAUCACUGUUCUACAAUGCAGCAACUACCUACAAACAAGCAGAGUUUCGUACCUAUAUGUCACGAUACAACAAAUCGACCCAAAAGCUGCAGAAUACAUAG